GUACCCCUCUACAUUCGAAGCAGUUCGCCCAUAACUUGCGUGACAGUGGUAGGGACAAUUGGACAUGUCCACGAAAUUCCACAUAAAAAACAUUAGGCUUUGAUGGCUUAUCUUACUCUCAAGGCGAGUGUGCUGUUUGUCGAGGAUAGCAAAGGUACAUCUCCACUCCUGACAUGGACACUCUUAUCGUCCUUCAUCGCUGGGUUGCAUGACGUACACCCUCAGCCUAGAGUGAGGCAGGCAGCCUGCAACAGAUUGGGAAGUGCUCGAUGUGAUCGAUUGGGAAGUUUUAGCCUUGCGCGAGCGCUUUGAGAAGUUUCUCAGCACUGAGGAUUCGAGAGCGCACGCACAACGAAAGGACGAUCGACAUCCCCAGCUUCGCCAAGCUCAACUUUUGAGGCGUUGUCACCUUUCGCACGGAAGUCAGUAGGAGUUGCAUCGGACGGUUGCUGUACAUGACAUCAACCAGCUGAAUCGAAAUCUGGUAUGCUAUCACCAAGAAGUACGUGCCGGGCCAUUUCCACCAAAGAUAGACACUGCAUUGCCUCGGCCUCUGGCCGGUGCGAUCUUCGGUGUCUACGACGUGCGUAUGAUUGGUCGAUCAAACAGUGAGGAGAUAAAAGGACAUGGGUUUGUGGUUCAGGGCUCUGUAAUAUAUUACUCGAGUGCAAUGUCGGUAGAGGACAAGAGGAGAAUAGCAAAAGUUUGGCCUCCGAGGACAUAUGUCCAUGCUUGGCAGUUAUUUCCUCGUGAGUGAGCCAUUCAGCUACUCUUCGCAACAGAAAAAGGAAUCGAAGGUUUCCAGUACAUAGUGGAGCUGCAAAAGGAGGUUGAGGAUGAAAGCGAUCAGUACACCGUGUUCCAGAUUCACUCCCACCAUUCGGUCCGUCUCGGAGCUUCAAGGACCAAAUCAUGGCUAGGGCGGUUUGACUUGCUUCGUACAAAACAGAGACCGAGUGCAAAAGAAGUCUGCAGAUGGAGACUAUGGCUGGCCGACAUUUCUUUCAUUAUCGCAUGUCUGCAUUUCCUUAUCGAGGACAUGCUUGCCAGAAUUCGACGACCUGAUAUUUCUACCGAUCAACAACCAUCACAUCUCAUUGAUAGAGAGAAUUUGAGCUGCUCAAACAUUGAUCUUGUGGUUUAGAUAAUAUAUCCAGCAUGGUAGAUUCAGUUAGUGUAUCUGGUUGAGGUGACACUGUCUCUGAACUGCAGGUGAAUUUAAGGUCACGUAAUAUCACAAAAAUUCUAUUGCUAAAAAUGCGUCCAGCUCUUGCCUAGCGUCACCUGCAGUUCAGAGACAGUGUCACCUCGAUCUCAACCUCAACCAGUGAAUUUCACCCAAUGUUCUGCAUGGCAGUCUACUACUCUGUAGUAACCUUCGGACCCAAUGUCAGCAACCGUCUGGAUAUUUUGAGUAGGCCCUGGGCUUCCUCAAUCUUCAAUGCUUCCCAUCCACAUAACCAUUGACGGGGAGGGGAGUCAGAGCACAGAUGAUCUCCACAGUUCCAUCCUCAUUCCUUUGGACGAUCUGCUGACACAAUCAUCUCGGCACAUCAUAUACUCGUGCCCACUGAGCUGAGGCUCCGACAGUGAAACAAAUCGACGAUACUCCAAUCUCUCAAACUAGCCGCUCUCUGUUGCUGCCUAGACGAGCCUGCGUGCAGAAUCCAGAAUCCAGAAACAGUAGAGAUGGAGGUAGCUGUGUUCUGAAAGCAUCCAUGCUCACGCAAGCAGGGCCCACCUGUAAUGCCUCCUCCUUUACCGCCCUUGAAUCGUUUUCGAGGAAACAGUUUAUUCGUCAGUCCAAGAUUCACGUCCGGAGAUCAGAGAAAGAUUUCCCCACAUUCACUUUCAGAAAAACAACCAGAAAACGCUGGAGUCCGAGAUUCACAAGCGAGCUUAUCGGAUAUCACCCAGUUUCCGAGGGUACCACCCAGUUGAGGAUCAGAAUUGGAUUCAUAUUGGCGUACAUGGUCGGGUGACAACGAAGGCCUCAUGUUUACCGAGGAUUUCUAUCCAGACGGAGUCCACAAUCCUUCAAAGUUGAUUGAAAGUCCGGUGUCUAUUGAUAUCCUUAAAUACCACAACUUCUACUUACCUCUGUUCUCGUUUCUCGAGUCACCAGAAGGAAGUAUACGGUGGCUGACAUCAGAAUUAGGCACUUGUGAUAUUACGUGACCUUAAAUUCUGUCGCUCGUUCCCAUGUCGACAACGAAUAUUGGGAGUUCCAGGCUUGACUCACAAGUAUUCCCUGAGCCUAGUAAUGUUGCUUGGGGGAAGUGUUCUAGAUUACUUUGACAUCUGUUUCUAUCACUGUUCUUUUCCACG